AUUUUAUCAGACCAGUCCUGACUUUGCUGGUGUUUGCCAACCUUCGUUGCUUAGAUCGCGCCCCAAGGAGCUGGCAUUUGGGAUGGCUUUGACAGCUGCGAGGCUUGUUUCAAGUGGGCAGCUUGCUCUCACAUUUAGGACUUCCGACUGCGGUUAUGGCCAUGGUUUCAAGAACGAUAGGGUAAAGGUGCAUCAGAGGCUCCCACGGAAGAACACGAUUGCAAUGGGGGUGGGGAAAGCCAAGGUUGAGUUCGUCAAGUAUCAAGGCCUUGGAAACGACUUCCUUCUGGUCGACAACCGGGACCGGUCAGAGCCGUCAAUCAGCCCCGAGCAAGCAGCGAAAUUGUGCGAUCGGAAUUUUGGGGUGGGGGGCGAUGGCGUCAUCUUCGUGCUGCCGGGGAAAGACGGUGCUGACUACACCAUGCGAAUCUACAACUCGGACAGCAGUGAGCCAGAGAUGUGCGGGAACGGCAUCCGGUGCAUGGCGAAGUUCGUCGCAGACCUGGAGCAGGCGUCCGGGUCCAAGGCGUACACAAUCAACACGCUGGCGGGGCCGAUCAAGCCGGUGCUACGGGAUGAUGGCCAGGUCGUGGUCGACAUGGGGCCACCGAUUCUAAAAGCUGCCGACAUCCCGACGACUCUCAAGCCUACGCGCGAGGACGGGAGCGUUGUCGCGGCGCCGUUAGAAGUGGACGGGCUGACGUGGGCCGUGACGUGUGUCAGCAUGGGGAACCCGCACUGCAUAACGUUUGGCUGCGUAGGGGCUGAGGAGGGAUUGAAAGUGUCAGAGAUCCCGCUAGCGCACAUAGGGCCUCUGUUCGAACGCAACGCCGUAUUCCCUGCCCGGAUCAACACAGAAUUUGUCGAAGUGGUGUCAAGAACGAGGCUAAAGAUGCGAGUGUGGGAGAGGGGCGCAGGGCCGACACUUGCUUGCGGAACGGGGGCAUGCGCGCUGCUAGUGGCGGCAGUUCUUGAGGGACGGGCAGAGCGGACAUGCACGGUUGAGCUACCAGGAGGCCCUCUUGAGAUUGAGUGGCGGGAAUCAGACAACCGCGUCUACAUGACGGGCCCUGCGGAAGCUGUUUUUGAAGGUAUCGCGCAGGUCAACGACUAGGACAGGUUGAUAUAGGCGUGUUAAAUUUUGAUAUCCUUUACGGCGGCUAACGCAUACGGCCGUACCUCCAGUUUUGCUUAACCUGGGUUGCUAAGGUGAAACGGCUCUCAAUUGAGGGCAUGGCUGGCACUAGACCCUAGCUAAAGUCAAGUUCAAGCAGGCCGUCAUUCAUUGGAGCAUGCCUUUGGAUGGUUUAUCGAUUGAGCCCGCUUACAUAUCAACCAAUGGUUGCCUCCGGCCAGUUCGGG